UGUUUGGUAACAUGGAUUUGAUUUCAAAUCCAAGAUUUGUGCAAAUCUCUUGUUUGGCAAAUUUUAAAAAUUCAGGAUUUGGAUUUGUUCAAUUCCAUCCAAACUUAAACACAAGUCAAAAUAGAAUAAUUUGAAAUGCCAUUCCAAAACAUGUCAUUUGAAAUAAAAAACUAAACGCACACUCCAGCUCCUCCUUCCCGAUCCACUCUGCUGCUCGCUCCUCUUCUCCCCUGCUUUCACGCUGCUACUCGCUCCGGCCAUCCUUCCGUCUCCGAAGAAACAACAUAUAUGCAAGAGGUUGAAGAAGAGCUAGAAGCUAUGGAAGCAAUUGAUGUGGAAGAUAAAGAAGAGGAUUUCAUCUCAACUGCUCGAUCUACCAAUGAGUGGACUGAAUUUAGAGAUCAACUUGCCAAAACAAUGUUUGAAGAAUAUCUAGUAGGAGGGACUGGAGUUCUAUGACUUUUAUACAUUUUUUCUAUGUGGUUCUGUGGGUUGUCAUGUUAAAGUGCAGCACGAUUUUCGCUUGCAUUUAUAAUGGAUUCAUUUGAUUGAGAAAUGCCAGCAUUCUUUUUAUUUAUUUACAUACAUACAGCUCAUAAUCUAAAGUGUGAGGGUCUGGUGUACUUGAUCCUAAACACUUGAAUCAGAAUGUUACUGGCCUCUUCUGCUGGGAAGUCAUCAUCUGAUUCAGAAUACUAUUACUUGUCGAAUCUCGAUCAGAAUAUUGCUUCAAUAAUUCAGACAGUGUAUUGUUUUAAGCCUGAUGGUGACAAGAAGAGCACAGAAGGUGUUGGACUUGUUAUAAGAGAAUCUGAGAUGGUUUACAAAGCAUUCAACUUCGAUCAAGAGAAGCUAAUGAGGUUAAAGAAGUUGAUCAUGGAAGACGGGACCAUCAAGAACUGCUCCACAUUUGUGGCCCUCACGGCCUUGGUGUGGCGGGCAAGAACUGAAGCUCUUCAGAUGAAACCAGACCAACAACUCAAGCUAUUAUUUGCUGUUGACGGAAGAUCAAGAUUGGUGAAUCCUCCCUUGCCGAAGGGCUAUUUUGGGAACGGGAUUGUGCUAGCGUGUAGUGUGAGUAAUGCCGGAGAUUUGGUGAACAAGCCAUUGUGCUAGCGUGUAGUGUGAGUAACGCCGGAUUGUGCUAGCAUUUCAGAUAUAAUUUCAGGUUUCUGCAGUAUAGUUAUCAGUGCUUGAUUAGCAUUUUUGUGUUAAGGUUGAGAUUCUUGAAUUUGGUAUUUUUGUUUGAUUAAUUAUACAUGUCUCUGUGAAGUUUUUGUAUUUUUGUUUGAAUUUUAUCUUAGACUUUAUUUGUAAUUUUGAAUGAGAUUAAAUAUCUAUCUUCAUGUAUCGCCAACUUCAAAAUAUUAUUUAGAUAAAUAUUCAAGUA